AUGGACUCAGAUUCUGCCGUCGCGGCGGAGCCGCCGCGGCUGUUCCCCGCCGGCGUAACUGAUUGGGAUAGGCUCCGCCGUCUUCCUCCAAAUUCCGGCCACAUUCCACCUCCGGGACAUCCACGGCCAAUGGUGUCUAUAAAAGACGCUGUCGAAAAGAAACCCCCAAUCGUUUUUCCUCCCGUCAACCACGAAAAUCUCCUCGUCUCCACAGAUCCGUCGCCAGUUUCGAACCUAAUCCCACGUAUUCACACCGAUAAUCAUCGAAUUCGUUUCACGGACUCGGAUUCGGAUUCCGAGACAACGAAUUCACUGUCGACGGCGUUUUCGCCGUCGGAUUCCAGUCCGGCGCCGCGCUCCCCUCUCUCCUUCGCUCCGCCGGAGUCCGAACAGGCUCGCCGGAUCGGUUCGUGGACGGAGUUGUUGCAUUCCACGCUGAGCGUCCUCGCGCGGUACUUAUACAGCGGCCUGACUUCCUCGCGCGGAGUGUUGGUCACUUUCCGCUCCGCCGCCUUCACGGCGGUUCUGUUGGCGUUCAUGUACUUCCAGCGGCGGCGGAGGUUGAGGACCGCGGAACGGAGCAGAAUUCAGCUCAUUAACAUCAUGCGCGACGGAGAUGAGAAAAUGAAUCAAGUCUUGGAACAAAUAUCGCAGAUGAAUCAGAUGUUGCGGAAGCUUCAUAGUUCUCAGCAGCAGCCAUAGUUAGCCUCCAACUGCAGGUACAGUACAGAUUAGCCAUAACAUAUAUUGAUGUUCAUAGUACAAAUUAAGGUCACCAUACCUCAAUAUUUUUAGGAAGAUUGAUGGUGUCAAAAACACUAGUUGUAUUAAGAAUAACAAUGGCUGCUUGCCAUUUUACUUUAUUGAUUGUUAGAAUUUGCAGGGCUUAUACUUUA